AAUAGAAACAAGUCAAUUUGAGUCAUUUAACAUGUUCAACAACACUUCUACUAUUUCCUCCAUUUCCAAUUAAUGGAUCCAAGAAUCUCUUUCUCCAAUGAUUUUGUAGAUAAUAAUAAUAAUAAUAAUUUACUAACAGCCAUGCAGAUCAAGAAACAUGAAGCAAUCUACAGAGAAGCUCCUGUGUCUUCUGAUUUCGAAUUCUCUGUUAAAAAUUACUCAAUGAGGUCUGCUGAUGAGAUUAUGUUUCAAGGUAUGUUGUUGCCUUCUAUGAAGAACAAUAGUUCUAGAAAUAGUAAUAAUAACUUGCUGCAGCAACAACAAAUUCAGAAGAAGAACACUUUGAAAGAUGAACUACUUGUUGAUCAUGAUGAUGAUGAAGAUGAUGAUGAUGUUGAUGAUUAUGGAGACAUAUUUUCUAGGCCACCUAAGAGCUUAGCUCGAUGGAAGGAACGGUUUGGCCUUAAGAAAUCCAAUAUUUUGGGUAGAAAAAUAAAGACUACUUCUGCUGCUAAUGCUGCUGCUGCUAUUGAUCAUCACAUGGUUUUUGAUACUGCCUUCACCACCAAACAAAAUCAGGAAAAGGUUAUAUUUGAAGGAGGCUUAAAAUGCAUAGAGAACAAUGCAAUGUAAUAAGAAGAUUUAGAUCUAAAGUCAGAGAUGGGUCAUGUGGUUAUAGUCAUGAUUAGCAUUUACUACAAUUUUUAAGUCUUUUCUACUCCUAAUUUUAAUGUCAUUAUUAGAAUGAUAUAAUUACCCAAAAAAUUAUGUUAAGGUCUUUGGCUGAUUUUUUCUUUUUUUCCUUUUUUCGUCUCUCAUUUUGAGAAGAUGGUGAGCAAGAAAAGAGUGUUUUGGAAGUAGUUUUGGCUUUGUACAAAUAUGUUUUUUUAUAGUGUUGAAGAACUUGUAUGAGUUGGGGUGGUACUAUAUAUUAUUCAUCAUGUUAAUGUAUCUAGCUAAUUUAGCUCUUUUCUAUUUCAAUAUUGAUAUUGGAUAUGGCUUCUUCUUUUUCA